UUAAUUCGAGCGUUUCGAGCUGUGUUUCAUCUGUGUUUUAACAAAAUAACCAUGGCAUUACCAUCAGCGUUGAAAACCUUGUUUAAGUAUAUAGAUGAACAUAAACAAGAAUAUAUAGAUACUUUGAAAGAGGCAGUAGCUAUUAAGUCUGUGUCAGCAUGGCCAGAUCACAGAGGCGAAAUAAUUAAAAUGAUGAAGUGGGCAGAAGUGAAGCUGAAGAAUCUUGGAGCAACUACGGAAUUGGCUGAUGUAGGGAAACAGACUCUCCCUGAUGGCAGUGAAAUUCCACUCCCUCAUGUGUUACUUGGAACUCUUGGUUCAGACCCAAAGAAGAAAACUGUGGUUUUAUAUGGACAUUUGGAUGUACAGCCUGCGCUGACAAAGGAUGGAUGGGAUACUGAUCCUUUCAUCCUUACCGAAAAAGAUGGAAAACUCUUCGGUCGAGGCAGUACCGACGACAAAGGGCCAGUUCUUUGUUGGAUACAUGCAUUGCAAGCUUACAAAGCAACUGGGGUUGAUAUUCCUGUUAAUAUCAAGUUUGUCUUCGAAGGUAUGGAAGAAAGUGGCAGUGAAGGUUUGGAUGAACUUCUUUGGGCAAGGAAAGACAGCUUUCUAAAGAACGUAGAUUACGUCUGCAUAUCCGACAAUUAUUGGCUGGGGACUAAGAAACCAUGUGUCACUUAUGGCCUGCGAGGUAUCUGCUAUUUCCUGAUAGAAGUCAGUUGCGCUGCUAAAGACUUACACAGCGGUACCUUUGGUGGAUGCGUACAUGAAGCUAUGGCAGAUUUGAUUUACUUAAUGAACACCCUGGUCGAUGUUAACGGUCACAUUCUAAUAGACGGCAUUUACGAUAAAGUGGCAGAAAUAACAAAAGCCGAAUUAGCCAGUUAUAAGGAUAUUGAUUUUGAUGUAGAUGAAUUUAGGGAAACAGUUGGAACAUCAAAACUAGCGCAUAAGGAAGACAAAAUUAAGCUCUUAAUGCAUCGUUGGAGACAACCCAGUUUAUCUAUUCAUGGGAUAGAGGGUGCUUUCAGUGAGCCAGGAGCGAAAACAGUAAUUCCAAGUAAAGUUAUUGGCAAAUUUUCGACUAGAAUAGUGCCUCACAUGACUCCGGACGAGACAACUGAGAAGGUGAUCGCGUAUAUAAAUAAGAAAUGGCAGGAGAGAGGUAGCCCGAAUGUCAUGAACGUGAGCAUGUUUCACGGUGGCAAGCCAUGGUCCGAGAAUCCUGAUCAUCCGAAUUACGUAGCUGGUCGGAAAGCGACUCAACACGUUUACAAUGUAGAACCCGAUCUCUCUCGCGAAGGUGGCUCGAUACCAGUUACCCUGACCUUCCAGGAAGUUACUGGUAAAAAUGUGUUACUCUUACCAGUCGGUCAGGGUGACGAUGGUGCGCAUUCUCAAAAUGAAAAGUUAAAUGUUCAUAAUUACAUCCAAGGGACGAAACUACUUGGAGCUUAUUUAUACGAAGUAGCUCACGUGUAAUUGCUGUUACUUCUCGCUUAUCUGGGACUUAAGGUGCUUGGUAUUUCCUUACAUUAUUAAUAUAAAGCGAGAUGUGAUUUCAAUUAAUUAUAAGAUUACAAAACACUGCAUUUCUUGUA